GAACAAGGCUGGUUUGGAUCGUCAAUCUCUUCCCUUCCCUGUCCGGGCAGUUGCUGAGCAUGAGGAAUCCUGACGGAGGCUUCGCGACGUAUGAAACCAAGCGGGGGGGCCGGCUGCUGGAGCUCCUGAACCCCUCGGAGGUGUUCGGUGACAUCAUGAUAGACUACUGCUACGUGGAGUGCACGUCGGCCGUCGUGCAGGCGCUGAAGCACUUCCACGAGGCCUUCCCCGAGCACCGGGCCCAGGAAGUCAGAGAGACGCUGCGCAAGGGCCUGGAGUACUGCCGCAGGGUGCAGAGAGCUGACGGCUCGUGGGAAGGGAGCUGGGGCGUGUGCUUUACCUACGGCACCUGGUUCGGACUGGAGGCCUUGGCCUGUCUGCAGCACACCUACCAGAACGGAGCCGCAUGCAGGGAGGUGGCCCAGGCCUGCCAGUUCCUGGUCUCCAAGCAGAUGGAGGAUGGUGGCUGGGGAGAGGACUUUGAGUCCUGCAAGCAGCGCAGAUACGUGCAGAGCCCCACCUCCCAGAUCCACAACACCUGCUGGGCCCUGCUGGGGCUCAUGGCCGUCAGAUACCCGGACGUUGGGGUGCUGGAAAAGGGGAUCAAGGUUUUGAUUGACAAGCAGCUGCCCAAUGGGGACUGGCCUCAGGAGAACAUCUCUGGGGUGUUCAACAAGUCCUGUGCAAUCAGCUACACCUCCUACCGCAACGUCUUCCCCAUCUGGGCCCUUGGGCGCUUUGCACGCCUGCACCCCGGCAGCGCCCUUGCUGGAAAGCUGCAGCCCAGGUCCUUGCACAGCCAAGAGGAGAUCCUGGCUGGAGGGAAGCGGGAUGGGGUUCUGUCAGGGUCCCCCUUUGCCUGAGCCUGGGCCCUGCCCAUGCCCCAUGGCAGGCCUGCAGCCUCAGUGACACCCUAGCUGGAUUUGCUUGGCUACAAGGCUGUUUACGGGAGGCUGGCAGGCCCUGGCGCUGUGUCGUGGUCCAUGAGGACUCUGCAAACUGAUUCUAGCUCCGGGCCUACGUGUGGGCUUGGAGGGGGCAGCAAGUGUGUGGGCACUGGCUGGCUUAUAGUCAAACAUGCUGUACGUCUGGGGCUUGGCUUGAAUGGACCCCUCUUCCCGGACCCAUUGUGUAAAAGGCUGUGUGUCUGCAGGUGAACGCUGCUGCGCAGGACAGGCUGCUGUGGUGUGACAAAGUGGGAAUGUUCUUAAUGUUUUCUCUGAAUGCUGUGUGGGUGUCUCAGUUUCCCCUAUGCCUUUCUAGGUGGUGGGGAUCAGGGUGUGUGAUUGUUGCAGAGCCCUUGAGGGUAGGGGUGUGCAGGGAUCUGCACAGAGAACGGCCAACACCCUGUCUCCUGGCAACUGAUGGCCUGGGCCCCUCCCCUGCAAAGGUGCCAACUGAAGGUGUUAUAGAACAAAGAGAUCAGGU